UUUUACGGGAACUGGGACAUAAAAAGUAAACAGUUGUUGCAGCAGGCCUUUUUUGCUGAUCUUUGUGUUUACUUUCACUUGUUACUUCUCCACCCAUAAUAGGACGUACUUGGAUGUGAGCACUGAUCUCUCAGGGACAGGAGGCAGUCCAUCCUCUGAGCCAAGCAGUUCUCCUCACACACUCGGAGGAAGAUGGCUGCUGGGUGGCUGUUGCUGGUUUGUGCCGGAGCUGCGCUGUACUCUGCCAAGGCCCAGGGGCCUCAUAAUGAGCUUCCUGAUAACUACAAGAAGGGGGUGGAUCUGGCAUUAAUGCAACUCAACUCCCAUGCUGGCGUACACCACCAUUUUCGCUUCCUUAGAAGUGUGGACAGGUCAGAAAUCGAGGGUGGAUUCAAUGUGAGAUACCUCUACCACCACUUUCACCUGAAACCCACCAGGUGUGCCAAGGGAACCACGGAGCCGAACCCUCAGAGAUGCCCCUUCAGGAAUGACAGACCACUGAUGGACUGUGCAGUUUGCUACAAAACAGCAGCAGACGAGAUAGAAGCCAGCCCCAAGCCAUACGUUCACUGUAUCCAGAAACCGAGGCUCACAGAGGAAAUGAAGACAACCAGGAUGGAGCACUGCAAAAAAAUGAGUUACAACAGCGGCGCUCCUACACUUUUGGCUGUGUCUACUGGCUAAAAAAAUACUCAGAUAGAAAAUUGGCAUGCUUAAUAUAAUAAUAUGCUUCAUAACAUAGCGAAUCAAAACACUCUAGAAUCUCUAGCCUAGUUAAGCUUCGCUAUUCUUAUUUGACUAUAAUGUAAUGACUUUGACAUGCUAAAAUCUCCAAACUCAAAGUGUCUGCUUGCUAUAUUUUGUUAUAUUUUUCCUACAAUAAUAAUGUCAUCAUCUCCCCCCGAGGCUCCUCUCCGCUGUGGUAAAUCAGCGUCUUCUUUCCUCGUAAAAGUCCCCGUAUUCCAGAUGUAACA